UCUGUCAAACGAUCCAGAAAGUGUGUCACUCAGUGCUCCGUGUUUCUGUCUUUCAGGUCACCUCAGCCGCCAGCCAGCCACGUGCGCCCCGGGGGCGGGAGAAUGGAGGACAGCAUGUGACCAGGGCCCCCCACUCCACUGUCGGCAGCAUGCUUGGUCUCCGCUGGACGCUGGCUCUGUGUUUCUGGUGCUCUCUGCUCGCCUCGCUCCACACCCCGGCGUCCGCUGACGAGGAGGCCCACCUGGGAACGCCCCGAGAGACCGGGGGGCCCGGGGGAGACCCGCCCCCCUCAUGGUUCCCGGUGAAACUUCCUUCCAUCCCCUCAUUACCAUUUAAAAUCCCCUCAUUUUCAUUUAAAAUCCCUUCAGCUCCAUUUAAAAUCCCGUCCAUCAACCUGGGUGGAGGGAGCUCCGAGAAGGACGCUGGGGUUCCCGGAAGCACAAGCGUGGUGCCGCCAGCCGCCCAGACCGGGACCACAGAGGCCCUCAAAGAAGAACAGUCUGGGUUUGGAGAAGAGGGUCCAGCUUUGCUUCAGACAUCCAGCCACACUCCUCUGGGGCCCCUGGCCAGCUCUGCAGGGACAGCAGCUGAUCUCUGGGGGACAAGCCCACCGACAGAUGCAGCACACAUAAACACACGCACAGCGCAGGGUCCUACCUCCUACCCGCCCCUGACUGUGUCCAGCAGGGAUGACCUGUCCUCCAUCACCACUGCCGCCACAAACACACCAACUCUAACACACACUUACCCAUCAGCCAACACUGCCAAGACCCCAGGCUACGAUGGGAGCACCACGACACGGGACUAUGACAAGGAUCCGACCCCUCACCAUGACCCACUGGGGACUUUAACGCCAUCAACUAUCGCACCAGAAACCACAGUCCCCACUUCUAUGAUGAUGUGGACACAACCAAAGGCUACCAGAAACCCAGCACAGGUGGAGACUACAUUACCCAGACACCCUUCGGGUCCGGCCGGCCCGCAUUCAACGCCACAGAGCAGGGCGACAACAAAACGGUUGGAGUCACCCGUUAGCGUUAGCUUCAACGCUAACGUAGCCACAAGCACAGAGAGUCAGCCAUGGAAGAGCCCACCUGACCUGGGUGGGUCGGAGGCCAAGGCUGGGCCUGUGGAGGAGCGACCCCGGAUCAACACUACCACGCGGGCGCGAGGACGAUUAGAGGAGAACGACCCAUACAGCCCUUCUCAACAGCCAUGGGUUAACUCCCCAACACCAGGAGCAGAGCCUGUGGAUGAGGAGGAGACGUCAGGGGGUCUCCUGGACACCGGCUGGGAUGUGAAGACAACAGAAGGAGCCAACACCAAAACGUCCUUGACUACAGGCUCCCCCCCUGACGCUGAAGACUGGCUUACCGACUCGACGGCCAGCGACUUCACCUUCCUCCCGGACUGCAACCAGGAACGUUCCGGAAUCUGCAACUCCUCCGACACCUGGGUGUUCCCCACCGUCUCCACGGUUACGCCUACCGCCAACGCCACCUCCAGCAACGCCACCAACCACCCCUCCCUGAUCCUGGCCCCGCCCAUGUUUGUCCCUCUCCACUCUGAUUGGAACAGCGCCCUGGCGGCUUGGGGGCUGGCGUGGGAAGCCCACGUCUACGGCCUGGGGUCCCUGUUCGCCCUGGUGACCCUGGCGUCGGCCCUCAACCUGCUGUGCCUGCCCCUGCGCUGCCCCUCCGGGUGCGGCUACUUCGCUCUGGUCAGCCUGUUCCUCCUGGCGGCAGGCUGCACGCGGGCCUUCUCCCUCCUCUACGACGCCUACGGCCACCUGGACCGCCUGGCCUCGGCAGAAGCCUCCCUCCUGCUGUGUGAGGCCCCGUUCCCCUGCCUCACGGCGGCAUUCGGCCUGGUGUUCCUCCUGCUCUCCAUGCGCUCUAGGAUGCAGCUGUCCUACUCUGCCUUCCAGAGGCCCUGCUUCCUGGCCUGCCUUGUGUUGCUGCACUUCCUGGCAGCCUUUGGGCCAGCCGCGCUGCUGAAGUUCUACCACCAGAGGGCGACCUUUCGCCUCUUCCUCUCGCUGGUCUCUCGCGGGGCGUUCGUGGCUCUGGCCUCGUUCCUGUCGGCGGCGUAUUUCGUGUUCUACUGCUACGUGCGGGCGGACUCCAAGCACAUCUACCACCUCAACAACACCUCGCCCACACCAGCCGAGCGCUACAACCGCUGCCCGUUUGCCGAGAGCCGGUCCUGGGACCGAGCGGCGGCCACGGUGUGCCUGUCGGCCCUGUUCUCUCUGGCCUGUGCCGGGCUGCAGCUCUACGCCAUGCUCCACGCCCUCGGCCUGGCCGGCGGGGCCCAAGUCUUCCGCCCCUGGCCGUGGUGGACCUUCCAGUUGAGCUGCAGGGUCUGCGAGGUGGGGGUCUGCCUAACCCUGGCCUUGGUGGUGGCCCAGCCGGUGUACUGCUCCGAUCACCUCCCGCAGGCCGCUAGCUGCUGGACAGAGCUGCUAGCCGCCAAGUCCCCCAUCAUCCCCGGGAGCUACCAGUGGACUCUGAGCCACCAGGAGAAGCUGGCCAUCUGCGACCCGGUGGGCCACGGAGAGACCGAGUGCCUGCCUCUUUACACGCUGGUGGACGAGAGGCUGGGCAGCAGCCUGAACGGCCUGGACCUCCUCUACCACAGCAACCAGGGCCUGGCCUACCGGGACCUGGACCUGCCGGGGCCCUGUCCGCAGGGGGACCCAGUGGGAGGAGCCGCGUCCGGGGGCUCGUCCUUCACCAGCGACUCCACGGCCGACCUGAGGCCUCCCUCGCCCAUCAACCUGCGGCGCAGCAUCGACGAGGCGCUCUUCAGCGACGCCCUGUUUCCCAUGAGCCUCUUUGGGCCUUCCAGACCUUUCCGCUGCAGCGAUCUGUCCCUCAACGGUCCCCUGGGGCCCCCCAACGGAGACCAGGCUCUCCGGGAGACCCUCUCGGCCGACCCGGGCCUGUACCGGACCUCGUCCUGUGUGGACGUGGCGCCCCAGCCCUCGGCUCCUCGUACAGGGGACGCCUCGUCCCCCCAGUCGCUCUCCUCCUCUGCCAGCUCCUCGCCAGACCGCUGGAGGGGAACCUCCUCCUCCUGUUCCCUGUACAGACCCUCCCUCGGGGACUCAUCGCUGGUCCUCUGCUCCAGCCCCAAUGGGCUCGGUCCUGGGAGCUCCGGCCGUGAAGUGCCCCCAGGGAGCCAGGGAGCUCACCCCCAGGGACGGUACCUCACUCUGGGGUCGGCCUCUCAGGAGAGUCUGGACCUGGACGUCUCCUCCGAGGCAGACCGGUCCGUCCAGGAGGAGUUCAUGAGCGCGUGUCGGCAGAUUGACGCUCUGAGCGUCUGUAGUGAGACGAUUGACCUGUAGGGGGAGCUGUGAAGGGGGUCAAGGCCGAUUUUGGCGGGUGUUCUUGUUGAAGUAAGCAAGAUGGUCGUUUUCAAAGGUGAUUAUAAGUUCCUUCUGAGUUCUUUCUUGGUUGAGGAAAAGUUUGAUUGUGCCAAAUGCUUUAGGGUUUGUGGAUCAAGAUUGUUUGAAAUGAAACACCGAAAUGUUUGUUUGCUAAUGUUUCUGAGGGACCUUUUAAGUGCCACAGAAAGCCAUGACAUGGGUAAUUUGUAAGUGACUUUUUCAUGUUUGAUAUUGGAUGUUGCAGUUUGAUACUCGUACAUACAACGUAUGGAUGUCCUUGUACAUUUGGAUAUAGGGGCCAGGGACAGUAAUACAUUUGUACAAACCCUAUUUUGCAAUUAGAUACAACUGUGAUUAUAAUAAGCACUUAUUACAUGACUACUGAAAACAUUAGACAAGUAUAUACUUUCAAGUCUAAUAGAAUAAUAUUGUCUUUCAAUGCCAAGUUGCUUUGAUGCAGUUAAUAUCAUAGUACUCUGUAUGUAAGCCUCUAGUUGCCCUCCAUGCAGUUUCCUUUGUACCAGCUGGGUUUUCCAGCUCCGUCGUAGCAAAACUGCAGUGCCCUCUCCAGGCAGGAUGUCUUUACUGCGAGGCAGCUGCAAAACUGCAGUACACUGUACUGUCCAAAACCAGCUUCACUAAUUUAUUCAUGUGUUAAAAAUAUAAUUAUUACCCGUGUUCGAGAUACUCUUGAAUAAACACAUA